AUGAGCAUUUUGGCAAGUAUAUCGGUCGAUGGCAAGCAUACAAUGUUAGAUACAACUGCACUAUCUCCUAUAACAACACUGCCAGUAUUGACGACUAACAUGAAGACGUGCAUUCUCGAGCGGCCCACUGAAGACGCAGCGAUCACCCCUGAGGCGCUGUUUGGCAUUAUUUGCAAGAAAAUACCCCGUCUCACGCUCGGAGGUCCUCCGCCGCUACUUAGUCAAGUACAGAGCCACACCAAAAAACGGCGUAAGGCUCACAAAAGAGAUGCAGUUCAGCCAAUGAUUGACCUUUGUAGCCGGUAUAUGCUUGACAAUUUAAAAAAGAGAGACUGGUACAUGGAAGCCACCGUCAACAUGAUCUAG